AUGCUUAAUGGUGAUAUAUUGCAUAUGGAAGAUAACGAUCUCCGAGAAGCUUUCAUUCUAUUCGAUGUUAAUCGUGAUGGUAGAAUCACUGAAACUGAAUUAGAAUCUGUUCUUGGAUUUCUUGGUGUUAAAACAACACGAGAUGAAGUACGUCGAAUGAUUCAAGAUGCUGAUUGUGAUGGGAAUGGUACAGUUGAAUUUGACGAGUUCUUAAGAAUGAUGCGAAGGUAUUCUCAAAAUCAACGACCGAAAUCUUCUGAUGAUGAACUUCGUGAAGCUUUUAAUGUAUUUGAUCAGAAUGGUGAUUCAGUCAUUGAUUUUAGUGAAAUUAAACAAACAAUGCACUUUUUGGGUGAAGCAGUCACUGAUGAUGAAGUACGUCAAAUGAUUAAAGAAGCUGACUUAGAUAAAAAUGGAUCAAUUGAUUUUAGAGAAUUCAAAAUGAUGAUGAAAUCACUACGGUCACGUGAUGGUAAAAAGAAGAAAUCAAAAUAA